CAAAUGGUGAUAAGCGUUUUAUGUGGAAGCCGAUUGACUUUAAAUGCUUGUUCAAGUCAAAGCAUCCUUACUCAUUCAAACUUGGUUAUGUUGCACUCGAAAAUCAAAACAAAAUGUUGCCCCACAUGAAAGCGACGCCUGGCGGACAAUAAGUUGAUACGGUGUUCGGCUGUCACAUCCCGAAAUAUCAGCUCUGUUGGGAAUAGAAAAUCUUCUGUCACUUGAUUCCUCGAUGUACAACUGUCAGUGCUGAUGACCCUCUCGCAUGUGGUAGGUGUCAAUGUGGCCCUGGGGAAGCCAGCGUUCCAAACCAGCAGCCAUCCACAGUUUCCUGCCAGCCUUGCCGUAGACGGGAACACUAAUACCGACAUGCGCGCUGGAUCCUGCACACACACUCGAGAUUACCCUGGGGAGGAUAACCCUACCUGGUGGGUGGAUCUCGGCCAAUCGUAUGUGGUUGAUAGAUUGAUCAUCUUUAACCGCCAGGACUGUUGCUCCGAACGACUCAACCCCUUCAACAUCCACAUCGGGGAUUCCGACCAGGUCAGCACGAACCCCCAGUGUGGAGGUGACCAUCGAAUCGACGUGACCCAGCCGUCCAUUUCCGUCUCCUGUCCGGGCAUGCGGGGACGCUAUGUGGCCGUCCGUCUUCCUGGACCGUCGAGAAUACUGACCCUGUGUGAAGUCCGAGUAUUUACUGGUAGGUCUUUACUUCAUUUAGUUUACAUGGUUAUGGCGUAAUUCAUACAGCCUCCAUAUCAGCAAAGCAUGAUGGGUCAGCCUGAUAGUGGAGGUGAGGAAACAAUGCAUGAUGGGACAGCAGGUGGGAGUAGGUUAGGAAACAAUGCAUGAUGGGACGGCAGAUGAGUGGCGGUUAGGAAACCCUGCAUGAUGGAAAGGCAGGUUGGUGGGGGUUAGGAAACACUGCAUUAUGGGAAGGGAGUUAAGAGGGAGGUUAGGAAACACUGCAUGAUGGGAAGGCAGGUGGGUGGCGGUUAGGAAACACUGCAUGA